GGAAUCUAAAUAAAACUCCAUUUAAAUUACAGGUUGUAAUGCAACAAAAUAGGAAAAACACGAAGGGGGAUGAAUACUUUUGCAAGGCAUAAUACUGGCCAAAGUCCUUGCCUAUAGGCAGUGGCAGCAGGGGCUUCCUGGGAGGUGUCUUUCCUCAGAUGGGGCCUACAGGACAAAGAGUACACACACACACACAAUGGAGGCACAGUGGGGCAGAUCCAGGCUGCACCACAUACACACACUCAUACACACCCCUCCCACUGCAUGCAGAGAGAAGGAGAAGGGGGGGGUUACAGUCAAUCCCGCUGGGAGGGAGAGCAAGGGAGCAAGAGAGAGAGAGAGAGAAAAAGGCUGCAAGAUCCCCUGCUCUGAGCAUUGUGUACAGGCACGCUUACACGAAGUCUCAACUAUGCAGAGAUUGAGAGAGGAGAGGCCGUGUCCCACUUCAGAGAGGGCACAGGAAAUAGGACAGCCUCUGUACCACCAAUAGAGAGAGAGAGAGAAGGGAGAAGAAGAAAAAAGGAAAACCAGAGAGAGAGAGAGAAGGAAGAGCGAGUGAGAGCAUUGUAGCACUGAUUCUCCGCCCCUCACCUCAGAGUAGCAGCAGCAAGAAAGAGGGAGAGAAAGGGAGAAGGAGGAAGAGAGCCACAAGGAAAACAGAGAGAAAGAGCAAGUACUCUACAGUGGGAAAGGGGGUGCUUUGAGAAAGCUCUGCUCGAACACUCCUCCGGUCCUCCCUCUUUUCAUUUGCUCCGGCUCUUCCUCUCUCUCUCUCCGUCCAUCUGCCAAGCGUUGUUCGAUUGUUCCGGGGAAUUCUGACCAUGCCUGAUCUCAUCUGAUGCCGAGGCUGAAGGAGUCUCGCAGCCACGAGUCAUUGCUCAGCCCCGGUAGUGCUGUGGAGGCCGUGGACCUCAGCAUGGAGGAUGAGGUGCUCAUCAAACCUGUUCACAGCUCCAUCCUCGGACAGGACUACUGCUUCGAGGUCACCACUUCAACGGGAACGAAAUGUUUCUCCUGUCGAUCGUCAGCCGAAAGGGACAAGUGGAUGGAGAACCUGAGGAGAGCCGUCCACCCCAACAAGGACAACAGCAGACGGGUGGAGAACAUGCUGAAGCUGUGGAUCAUCGAAGCCAAGGACCUUCCUGCCAAGAAGAAGUACUUCUGCGAGCUGUGUCUGGACGACGCGCUGUACGCCCGCACCACCUGCAAGCUCAAGACCGACAACGUCUUCUGGGGCGAGCACUUUGAGUUCAACAACCUCCCGGCCGUCAAAAGCAUCACGGCCCACCUCUACAAGGACUCGGACAAGAAGAAGAAGAAAGACAAGAACAACUACAUUGGACUGGUCAACAUCCCUGUUGCCGCGGUGACGGGGAGGCAGUUUAUGGAAAAGUGGUACUCUGUGAACACGCCGACGCCCAAUAAGGGUAAGACGCCGGGGCCCAUGAUCCGGAUCAAGGCCUGCUACCAGAGCAUGAACAUCCUGCCUAUGGAGAUGUAUAAGGAGUUUGCAGAGUACACCACCAAUAACUACAUGUUGCUGUGCUCUGUGCUGGAGCCUGGCAUCAGUGUGAAGAACAAGGAGGAGAUGGCUUCUGCCCUGGUCCACAUUCUACAGAGCACCGGCAAGGCCAAGGACUUCCUGACUGACCUGAUGAUGUCAGAGGUGGACCGGUGUGGGGAGAACGAGCACCUGAUCUUCCGAGAGAACACCCUGGCCACUAAGGCUAUAGAGGAGUACCUCAAACUGGUGGGGCAGAAGUACCUGCAGGACGCACUUGGUGAGUUUAUCAAGGCGCUGUAUGAGUCAGAUGAGAACUGUGAGGUGGACCCGUCCAAGUGUUCGUCCAAUGACCUGCAGGAGCACCAGAGCAACCUGAAGAUGUGCUGCGAGCUGGCCUUCUGCAAGAUCAUCAACUCCUACUGUGUGUUUCCAAGGGAACUGAAGGAGGUGUUUGCGUCGUGGCGACAGGAGUGCAGUAGCCGGGGCCGACCGGACAUCAGCGAGCGGCUGAUCAGUGCGUCUCUGUUCCUGCGCUUCCUGUGCCCGGCCGUUAUGUCCCCGUCGCUCUUCAACCUGAUGCAGGAGUACCCUGACGACCGCACCGCACGCACACUCACGCUCAUCGCCAAGGUCACCCAGAACCUGGCCAACUUCACCAAGUUUGGCAGUAAGGAGGAGUACAUGUCCUUUAUGAACCAGUUCCUGGAACAUGAGUGGACCAACAUGCAGCGCUUCCUGCUGGAGAUCUCCAACCCGGAGACCAUCUCCAACACAGCAGGGUUCGAAGGUUACAUCGACCUGGGACGGGAGCUGUCCACCCUGCACAACCUGCUGUCAGAGGUCGUCUCUACCAUGGACCAGACCUCCGCCUCCAAACUGGGGCCUCUACCCAGGAUCCUCCGGGAGGUGAACACAGCGCUGACCAAUCCGUCCAGUAUGACCAUGACCAUGACCGCUCCGUCCCCCUCUGACCGUACAGGGUCUCCGCCCAACACCGGGGCAGGCUGCAGCAUCUCCACCGGCCUGCAGAAGAUGGUCAUCGACAAUGACCUCUCAGGGUUGGUGGACUUCACCAGGUUACCCUCCCCGACCCCGGAGAACAAGGACCUUUUCUUCGUCACCAGGAAUUCUGGGAUCCACCCCUCCCCGGCCCGCAGCUCUAGCUACUCUGAGUCCAAUGAACCCGAGCUGGGCAUAGCCAACGGCAGCAAAAGCCUUUCCAUGGUGGACCUCCAGGACCCCCGCAUCUUAGAGGGCGGCCCCUCAGACGGACUGGGAGAGGGCAUCGUUCCUGGGGGAGUGUGGUCGGCCCGGACCCCCCAGGGUAACAUCAUUGGAGGUCCUACACUGAGGAGGCCGGUCCAGACCCCCACCACCCCUGGGUCGGAGAGUGCCCCAGGCAGGUCGGCUCAGCUUCUGGCCCCCCUGUCCUUCCAGAACCCCGUCUACCAGAUGGCGGCAGGGCUGCCAGUGUCGCCGCGAGGCAUGGCCGACUCAGGCUCCGAGUGCCACAGCUCACACAGUUCCCAUAGCAACAAUGAGGACGGGCUGGGAGGAGGAGGGAAACACAACACCUUCCUGAACCACGGAGGAGGAGGUGGUGGUGGGGGGAGUAGCGGGGAGGAGUAUGCACGUCGUUCGGGGGAGUUUGUAGGCACGCGGAGGCAGCUGUCACUCACAGAGGCCCAGCCCACCAUGCCCAGACAAAACAACGCCGGCCCCCAGCGCAGGAUAGACCAGCCCCCUCCGCAGACCACCGUCACCAGGGGCCGCACGCCGCCGAACCUGCUCAACAGCGGGCCCUACCCGCGCCCCGCCAGCGGCAGCAUGAUGUCAUCAUCGCCCGACUGGCCCGGCAGUGGUGCGCGGCUACGGCAACAGUCAUCGUCAUCAAAAGGAGACAGCCCCGAGACCAAGCAGAGAGCCCAGCACAAACAGGCCCCCUCCCCAAUGAACCCCAAUGCGCUGGACCGUACGGCUGCCUGGCUGUUGAAUAUGAAUGUGCAGUAUGUAGACCAUGAGGGGAUGGACCCCGAGUUCAGAAACAGAGAGGAUCUCACUCUGGCCGAGAAGUACCAGCAGGAGAUCGUGGUCCUCCAGGAGAAGCUGCGUGUGUCGGUCCAGAAGCUGGAGGAGUACGAGGCUCGUCUGAAGGGCCAGGAUGACGGAGGUCCGAAGGUUCUGAUUGAGUACCAGGCACGGCUGGAGGAGUCUGAGGAACGCCUGAGGCGACAGCAGGACGACAAGGACCUCCAGAUGAAGGGUAUUAUCAGCAGGCUAAUGUCUGUGGAAGAGGAGCUGAAGAAAGACCAUAGUGAUAUGCAGGCUGUGGUCGACUCCAAACAGAAGGUCAUUGAUGCACAGGAGAAGCGUAUCGCGUCUCUUGACGCAGCCAACGCCCGUCUGAUGAGUGCCCUGACCCAGCUGAAGGAGCGCUACAGCAUGCAGACCCGUAACGGCAUCUCCCCCACCAAUCCCACCAAGCUCCAGAUCACAGAGAACGGAGAGUUCAGGAACAGCAGCAACUGCUAGAGAGAGUCUGAUAGAGAGUGUGUGUGUGUGUUGGCUGGUGCUUGUAAAGGACACUUCCUUAUAUGGACACUAAACGGGGGUUAGUCUGAGUGAGGAGACCACUGUGAGGGGCCAAGCAGCGAGGAGGCAGGACUUCAGUUUGACAGACAGCUGACCAAGUCAGUGACAGCGAAUCAAUGGACAGAGCUGAACACCAGUGGGCCCUGCAGAGGAGGAGGCUGGACAAGCUGUAGAUAUGAACUGAACUCUCCAUUAAUCAACCGAUUUGGAUGUUUCCAUUGGAUGUAUGCAGUUGCUGGGACAAUUUCAGACUCUCUUCCCUAAAGCUUUGGACAAAUCACUAUAAUCAACACAAUGUCUGUCAGAUAGUCACCCAAUCCUCUCUCUUCCCCUCUCCUCUGUUUUCCUCUCCUUUCCUGGCCUCCUCUAUUCUCCUCUCUUCUCUGUUACAACCAGGUCAUGUGGACCAUGUACAAAACAAAACAAUAAUAACUGAAAAAUAAUUUAUAGUAGUGUUAAAUCUCAAAGUAUUUUUGUCCAAUGGUUUAUUUAGAUCUUAUCUCAUUCUUUAAAACAAAAAACAAAUAGGAGCUUUUAAAUAUUUUUUGUCCAGACUGAUAUUUCUUUUUAAGUCCUUUUGUGUUCCAAAGUGCCCCCCAACCCCGAACAAUUAAUGAUACUUUUUGAGGGAAUUUUAGUUUGUGGUCAAAAAGACUGUAAAAUCACUAUGAAUUCAGCAAAAGAUGUGUUUAAUUUAGGAAAUCUGUUCCUAAGUAUUCCCAAGAAUUAAAAAAAAAGGAGACAUACAGUGCCUUCGGAAAGUAUUCAGACCCCUUGACUUUUUCCACGUUACGUUACAGACUUUAAAAAAAAUGUUGAGCACACAAUAUCCCAUAAUGACAAUGGGAAAACAGUUUUUUAGAAAUGUUUGCAAAUGUAUUAAAAAAUAAAAACAGAAAUACCUUAUUUACACAAGCAUUCAGACCCUUUGCUAUGAGACUCGAAAUUGAGCUCAGGUGCAUCCGGUUUCCAUUGAUUAUCUUUGAAAUGUUUCUACAACAUGAUUGGAGUCCACCUGUGGUAAAUUCAAUUGAUUGGACAUGAUUUAGAAAGGCACACACCUGACUAUAUCAAGUCCCACAGUGCAUGUCAGAACAAAAAACAAGCAAUGAUGUCAAAGCAAUUGUUCGUAGACCCCCGACACAGGAUUGUGUCCUGGCACAGAUCUGGGGAAAGGUAACAAAAAAAUUCUGCAGCAUUGAAGAUCCCCAGGAACACAGUGGUCUCCACCAUUCUUAAAUGGAAGAAAUGUGGAAACACCAAGACUCUUCCUAGAGCUGGCUGCCCGGCCAAACUGAGCCAUCGGGGGAGAAGGGCCUUGGUCAGGGAGGUGGACCAAGAACCCGGUGGUCACUCUGGCAGAGCUCCAGAAUUCUGUGGAGAUGGAAUAACCCACCAGAAGGACAACCAUCUCUGCAGCACUCCACCAAUCGGGCCUUUAUGGUAGAGUGGCCAGAUGGAAGACACUCCUCAGUAAAAGGCACAUGACAGCCUGCUUGGAGUUUGCCAAAAGGCACCUAAAGACCCCCCCCCCCCCCCCCCAACCAUGAGAAACAAGAUUCUCUGGUCUGAUGAAACCAGGAUUGAACUCUUUGGCCUUAAUGCCAAGCGCCACGUCUGGAGGAAACCUGGCACCAUCCGGAUGGAGCAAAGUAGAGAGAGAUCCUUGAUCCUCUCCAGAGCACUCAGGACAGACUGGGGCGAAGGUUCACCCUCCAACGGGGCAAUGACCCUAAGCACACAGCCAAGACAACGCAGGAGUGGCUUUGGGACAAGUCUCUGAAUGUCCUUGAGUGGCCCAGCCAGAGCCCAGACUUGAACCCAAUCAAACAUCUCUGGAGAGACCUGAAAAUCGCUGUGCAGCGACGCUCCCCAUCCAACCUGACAAAGCUUGAGAGGAUCUGCAGAGAAGAAUGCGAGAAACUCCCCAAAUACAGGUGUGCCAAGCUCGUAGCGUCAUACCCAAGGACACUCGAUGCUGCAAUUGCUGCCAAAGGUGCUUCAACAAAGUAAAGGGUAUGAAUACUUAUGUAUAACGUGAUAUUUAAUGGUUUUAUUUUUUUAUUAGCAAACAUUUCUAAACACCUGUUUUUGCUUUGUCAUUAUGGGGUAUUGUGUGUAGAUUGAUGAGGGGGGGGGACGAUUUAAUCAAUUUUAGAAUAAGGUUGUAACGUUACAAAAUGUGGGAAAAGUGGGGUAAAAAAAGUACUUAGCGAAGGCACUGUAUGUGACCUGUGACCGUGUCUCAAUGUAAUCAAGGUAUUGAAAUGUAUUAUUAUUUUCAAAUACAAUCUUCUUUUGGGCUUAGUUGUGGUCAAUUUGCAGUGUACAAAUUAUCAUAGCAAUGUUCCGGUCCCCAACCAUCCGCUCUGAAAAAAAUAGUCCCGCAGCAGAAUCGAGUUGCCUACUCCUGCCCCACCCCCGGGCUGUUCAGUGUCAGUCCUGGAGGGCCAAAACACUUCCGCUUUUUCCUCCUCUCCCUAUAUAAUGCACUUUGUGAAAGCUAUUGGUACAUGAAACGCCUUAAGUAAGGAACACAUCUCUACUUUGUCCUUCAGACCCCCUAUUCCUACAACAACAAAAGGCACAUCUUAUGAUACAGUAGAUUUGUAAAGGAAUAUAAAUAUAUUGUACAAAUACAUCACGCAAAAUGUGUUAUGAACACUAAAUCAUGACCUGUAUGUGAAAAUAUACUAAUGAAAUGUAAGAUAGAUGUAUGCAUAUUUCAUUUUUUCCUCUAUAAAAUAUACAUGAGAGAUAUAGAUAUAUUUGAUCAGGUCAAGAACGAAAGAAGCCCGUUCCAAGGAGUGGGUGGUUGCAGCUAUAGUGUGUCUCAUAGGGCUUCGGGGCAGGGAGAGACUACACACUAUGCUGUGAGUUGCACCAUAAGCAGAUGAAAUACAAAUCCUGUUUCCCUUCUUCUUCUUCAUGACCUGUACUUUAUCCAGGUUUUUGGAAACAGACCUGGUCGGGAUUGAGGUUUGCUUUAGUGCUUCACCAAUAAUGUUGAAUCGACGUUGAAACGACGACGUAUGUUGGUUGUGUGUCGCUUUGCGUUCAGGACCCUUGCCAUGGCUGGUCUGAUAGCCCUGUAGCACAAGGGGAGAGAGAGAGAGUUGCGUUGUUGAACACGAUGUUAUACUAUACACUGGACUGGUGUGUGUUAUAAUGUGACCUCACAGGUUAGAAUCGUACGCUUUUUCUUAAAACUCUCCUGUUUGCUAAUUCAUGUCAAAGAAGCAUGCCGCAUAAAGACUGUGACCCCCCCCCCCACACACUUCGCUUCGAGGCAUCUAUCUCUCCUCUCCUCUUUUUUCCCUCUCCCCUUCUCCCUCAUUCCCUCUCUCUAUUGAAUGUGAAGAUGCUACUCAAACACACGGUUGGUCUUAAUGUGGGGGUCUAGACCCUAAUGUGGGGUCUAGACCUAUUGUCCCUGAAUGAUCCUAUAGCUACUGUUCCCGCUUGCUCCCACCACCCCACAGACAUUUUCAGCACAUCUAUAUUUUGUAUAUUUUUGUAAUUCAUUUUUCUUACCUUUACAGAUGAGUUAGGGUUGAAAAAUCUGCAUGCUUCAUUUUGGCGCUGUAACGAAUGGUAGCGACCCACUGCGUCACCAUUUCAAAUAAAUAAAUAAAUAAUAUGUUUCCAAUGUAGGAAGAUGAUGGAAUGUUGUUUUUAUGAGUUGCUGCAGACAUGAAUGAUAUGUGAUUUAUAUAUCAUAUAAAUAUAUGAUAAUGAGUGUAUCAAGAGGCUGGACAGCCUUGGAGACGAGAGUGUAGAUAAAUUGUUCACAAUAUUUUUUAACUAAUGUUAAAAAGAGAGCCUUUUUUUGUAAAUGUACCUUGUGUUCAAUAAUAUUGCUGUAUCGAUUGAUAUUACUGUAUCAUGGACAUUGUAAAUAGCUCAACCAGCCAUCUGUCCUGUUCAGUUAGAUCUCCAGGUUUUAGUGCAAUCCUCUAAUCACCCCCCCCACCCCCCCACCCCGCAUUCAGUAUGCUCUUUUUUUAUCAAGGGAAAAACACUUCAAGAGUAUAUUGCAAAUAAAUGUAAAUGACUAUGUUGACUCUGGGAAGGCAGGGUAGCCUAGUGGUUAGAGCGUUGGACUAGUAACCGAAAGGUUGCAGGUUCGAAUCCCCGAGCUGACAAGGUACAAAUCUGUCGUUCUGCCCCUGAACAGGCAGUUAACCCACUGUUCCUAGGCCGUCAUUGAAAAUAAGAAUUUGUUCUUAACUGACUUGCCUAGUAAAAAUAAAGGUAAAAUAAAUAAAAAUGUCUGGCGUGUAGAGGUCAGAGAGAGUCCAAAUGUCCAGCGACCUAUGACCCAAUCAGGUGCGGUGAGAGAGAAAUACAAGCACAAAACCCCAUUUGUCAUCAGCCCAGCUCAUCAGCCCAGUUUUAAGCAUUGAUAGAGCUGGAUCCAAACCGUAUCGGAUUUAACUUCAAAGGCAAUGUCCCCAGCGUUCGCAGAGACUUACUUACGUUCCUUCGGGAGCUCCCUUGUGGGUUCCAGUAUAGAGCUUGCCUGGUGAUGUUGGAGGGGAACUUUCGGAGGGUGGGAGCUCCCUUGUGGGUUCCAGUAUAGAGCUUGCCUGGUGAUGUUGGAGGGGAACUUUCGGAGGGUGGGAGCUCCCUUGUGGGUUCCAGUAUAGAGCUUGCCUGGUGAUGUUGGAGGGGAACUUUCGGAGGGUGGGAGCUCCCUUGUGGGUUCCAGUAUAGAGCUUGCCUGGUGAUGUUGGAGGGGAACUUUCGGAAGGUGGGAGCUCCCUUGUGGGUUCCAGUUUAGAGCUUGCCUGGUGAUGUUGGAGGGGAACUUUCGGAGGGUGUGACCGAUCCAUCCCCAUCUUCUCCUCUUCCACCGGAACCUGGCUGAUGCGCUCCCACGGGUCAAUGCUACGGACUCUGCCCAUCCAUCUGAUGUGAAGGAUGCGUCGCAGGCACUUGUUUAUGAAGCUCUGAGUUGUUGUCAUUGUGGGUUUUGUUGUCCUCCAUUUGUCUGAGCCAUGCAGCCAUCACUGACUUAACAUUGGUGUUGAAAGGGUUUGCGUUUUCAUUUUCCUGGAGCUCCAGAUGGGACAUGAAGGCUACUCUUGUUUCUUUGGGAGAUGAAGGCUACUCUUGUUUCUUUGGGACAUGAAGGCUACUCUUGUUUCUUUGGGACAUGAAGGCUACUCUUGUUUCUUUGGGACAUGAAGGCUACUCUUGUUUCUUUGGGACAUGAAGGCUACUCUUGUUUCUUGAAUUCUGCCUUUACAUCCUGCUCGGUUUCGCCUUGUUUGGUGAUGACGCAUCACAGAUCGGUGAAGGAACUGGCAUCCUCCAGGGGUUCUUUUUCUGAGGGGGAUUGGAUAGUUAGAUUUGUCAUUGAUCGUUAUUUUGGUUUUGUUUUCUGUGGAUAUGGAGUCUUGGCUGGGAUGAUGUGGUGUCCAGGUCUGACGUUUUAUCUUACAUUUGCUGUUGAAUGUGCGACAGGAGUGCUAGAUCCUCCGUCGUCCAACUGUGUCCAUAGAGACCAUUGUAUGCCAUGUCACCUGUUCUCGGUUGUCUUCCUCAUGACCCAGUCAAUGUCUAACAGGAAAAGGAAGGGUGACAGGAGACAUCCCUGUUUUUCUCCAGUCAGGAGUCUGAAGGGUGUGCUAAGCUUGCCUGCAUGCACAACCCUGCAUGUUAUGCCAUUAUAGGUAGUGCAGAUCAUUCUGGCAAGCUUCUCUGGUCUGAGGAGCCUCCAUAGGGCGUCUCUGUCUAAGCUGUCAAAUGCUUUCUCAUAGUCCCCGAAGUUGACAUACAGGGAUGAGUUUCAGUUUGAAUGUAACGCGGAGCGUGGCACAUUCGCGGAAACUGCAUUUACCCGUAAACGCUGCCUAUGUCAGCGCAAUUGGAAAUGAUCUAGACAUUUUAACGUGGAUCUUCCGCGACACGGAUUGACUCCAGCCCCUAGUCUACGUUCCAUAAACACACCCCUGUCUUUUGGACUGCAGACGUGUGCACUCCUGGCUUGAUCAGCCAUGUCGUGGAGUUGUACUACUGAGCGCAAUACUCAUAUACAUUUGCUCACUCAAUUUACUUCAAUUGUGUAUUUUAUGUCCAGCAUUUUGAGGGGAAAAGACAUUAGUGACUGUUGUCGAGAGGACUAAAUGAAGUCAAGACUUCCGUCUUUAGGGAUGUGUUCUCUCUAGUCCUAUGUAUAGUCUCUACCUCUAAACUGAAACAGGAAAUGGAAAAUGCCAACUCUCCCAGAUCAGCUAGUUUAAUACUGGUAUAAACUGUCAUGAUCAAUUUGUGUUACCAGUGGCACAUAGCAUAAUGCCACUUCCACAGAAAUAGGCAAUGCAAUGUCCUUCAUUUGGCUGUCAAUUCUAAAUCCUCUUGUCUGUUUCUGGUCACGUCCCACCGCCGUUCCACCUUCGUUAAGUUGUUGAAGAAUGUAGGAGAAGAGAGUCAGAGAGAGAAAUGUGAUGAUGAUGUCUCUGUAGCCACACACACACACACACACACACAAUUAUAUAGUACAUACAGUGCAGUUACAGCCAGUGGAGGGAAAAAUACUAUAAACUAAAUAUAUAUCUAUAAAUAAAGUAAAAGAUGUAUGUUUUCUAAUAUCUUGUAGAAAAUGCUUUUGUAAUGAUGUUGAAAGUAAAGUAUUGGCUGGAUUCUGCUUCCUUGGACAACAGUGACAAAAACAAUAAUGUACAGAGGAAUUUGUUUGUGUUGACGAUAUAUAUAUAUAUAUAUAUAUAUAUAUAUAUAUA